GGCGUGUUCAGGGAGGCGGUGACGGAGUUUGACGUGGACGCCCGGGCCCUCACCAAGGCCGGGGGUCCCCACGUGAAGACGCGCGUGUCGAACCCCUCGGGGAACGUCACCGAGACCUUCGUGGAGGACCGCGGGGACGGCACCUACCACGUGGAGUACACGCCGUACGAGGAGGGCAUGCACACGGUGGAGGUGAGCUACGCCGGCAGCCCUGUGCCCCACAGCCCCUUCCGGGUGCCUGUCACCGAGGGCUGCGACCCAGCCCGUGUCCGUGUCCACGGCCCCGGCAUCCAGAGCGGCACCACCAACAAGCCCAACAAGUUCACUGUGGAGACCCGGGGCGCUGGCACUGGGGGCCUGGGCCUGGCCGUGGAGGGGCCCUCGGAGGCCAAGAUGUCGUGCACUGACAACAAGGACGGGAGCUGCUCCGUGGAGUACGUGCCGUAUGAGCCGGGCACCUACAGCCUCAACGUCACCUACGGUGACGACAGCCUGCGCCUGUCCCACCUCAAGGUGGGCACCUCGGCCGACAUCCCCCUGGACAUCGGGGAGACGGACCUGAGCCAGCUCACGGCCACC